UAGCAACUCAUUUCAGUAUCCCAGCAUUCGCAAAUAUGAAUCGUGUUGUAAUAUUCUUUUUUCUUUCUUUGUAUGCUACAGUCUUUGGACAAGUUUUAAAACAGCCACAGAGUUAUAACAUACUUCCUAAUGGCCAUGUGAUUUCAACCUGCAAAGGAAAAGGAGUACAUUCAGCUAUACAUUUUUUCAAGCCAGGUCUUGGUCAACUAUCAGAAACACAUUCUUUUGAAGGUCUCAAGCUUUAUGGUAUAUACCUUACGGUAGACUCUGUAAAUAUACAAGGAGGCAAAAUUGUAACAUGGGCAAUCAAUAUUACUGGAUUGAGCAAUAUAGAUGAAGUUCAGUUCCUCUGUAAAUUUUUAGCAAAUGACUUUCAUGAAAGUGACACAGCAAAAAUCAAUGUUAUCAAUGAAACAUUAGGUGCUCCAAUAAUAGCAGAAUACAACGAAACAUACAUUGAACUGUACUGGUCUUCAUUGCAAAGUUUCAAUGUUACCAACUACACACUGAGGAUCACCAAUACCAGCAGUGGCAGCACCACUACCAUUACAACUCCAUUAACUGAAUGGACACUAACUCAGGAUCAGCCAUCAUCCAACAGUCACCCUUUAAUAAUAACAGUUGAAGCAUUCACUGAUUAUGGGUCUGUAAUCAGUGCCUCUCUUACUACAGGAUUUCCUAAAAAACUGGUUGCCAUUAAUAAGAACGAUAUUACAGCAGAUGUUGUCAAAAAAAUCAACGGGCAGUUGCGAGUGACAAUAAGUUUCAUUCCUCCUGCAGUAUUCUCCUAUCAGAAUCUAUACUACAGCAUUAUUGUAGAAAAUCUCAAUGAUACAGAAAUGUAUUACAGCAAGAAUGAACUGAACUCUACUACACUAGUCAUUGAUGAUGAAAUGAUGAAAGAAGGAAAGACGUAUAACCUCUCACUCUUUGUUUGGGAGAGUCUGCGUGAAGAUGUAGUGCUUAUGACACAUAAACUGUUCAGUACUGAUUUUACUAAUACAAGAACACCUUUAAACUCUCCCUCUCCCACUGUGCCAUCAUCAAGAGCAGGAUCAAUGUUAACACAAUGGUAUGUGAUAGCUGGUGGCAUUGCUGGACUCUUCUUAGUCCUCAUAUUACUGAUUGUAUUUGUACUAAUCAUUAUAUGCCUACGACUGAGAAGAUUACAACGACCUACUAUGUCACAAAAUGUCAUGGAAGAGACUAAUGAUAAGAUGUUUAGAGAGAGGUCCCUGAGUCUUCCGAUGUCAUCAAAGAAUAAAAUGUUCAGGGAAAGAUCACAGACUAUACCAGCCCCUAAGACAAUGGCUACUAACCCGAUUUACGAAGCAACUACGCCAAUAUAUGACAUAAUGCCUAAUGACCUUAAAGGACUUGAUAAUCCAAACCCAAAUCCAAUUCCUCUCCCUUCAGCUGCCGAUAAUUCAUUGUAUAUGGACAUACCACCUCAGGUACCGCCUCCUCGUAAAAUGUCAUUGGAUAGUCCUGGAAUUAAAUCCGGUACUGAGGUUGUACUAUCAAAGAUUGCACAGUUGGGGGAGGAUCCUAAUGUUGAAAACAGUGACUACAUGUACAUGAGGUCACAGAGCCGUUAUGUUAAAUCGCCUGUUCCUACAAGGCCAAAGGAGACAACCAUAAAACCAUCAACACUCACUCUUCCAAACAGUCGCAAUAAUGAGGAGGAGAGAGAAGAAAAGAAAUAAGAAAAUUGCUUGAUGAGACUGAAGAACUGUGUGCAUUAUUUUUACAUGUAUCAUCAUCAUCAUAAUCAUCGUGUUAUAUAUUUUAAUUUUUUUCAUUGCAGCUGCAGCAGGUUAAUUAUUUAUAUUUUUUAUUCAUGUCUGAAUAACAUUUUGUGAUACAAAUUGGUUGUCGCUGUUUUUAACUGUCAUACUCCUAUCAUUUUUUGUGAUUAAAAACACAUGAUUAAAUGAAAUAAGUGAAACUGCUGGAGAUGUCACACAGACAGAGGAAAUAAAAAUUAAUAAAAAUUAAAAAUCAAAUAAAUUACCUGGAAUAAAGAAA